CAACAUCUAAUCGUCUUAUUUCCAGUGACGCGAACGUAUUGGAGCACGUUGGGUAUUUUGAAACGUGCGACGCGAACUAGAGAGCCUCACAGGAAGAAAGGCAAAUUAUGUCACGUAACCCACUCUCUUCUGAUUGAACCUGAUAAUCAAGCUCCAUAGAGCCAUGAUAUUAGAAUUUGUGCAUAUUACAAAAUGCUUGCCAAGUGCAGUGCUUCCAAAUGCACGAACUCUAAUAAAGACGGAUUGCUGCACAAUAUUUGCCCAAGAUCCAAACUUGAGACAAAAAUGGAUUAAUGCUGUCGGAAUUCCUGAUUGGAAACCUUCAAAAUCGGCUGUGGUUCAUUUCUUUUCAUCAGAAUUAUUCUGCGCAAAAAAAAUUAUGAAAGAUACCAUAUCAAAUUUGUUUUGCAAAUGCAAUGAAUCUGUAAAAAAAUUAGAAAGAAAAAAAUUGAAACAUGUUAUUCAUAAUGAUAGUUGCAUCGAUUGUCAGCGCCAUACACUCCCCGACAUACAACUUAUCCCGCUUUCUAGCAAACAUUACAACCCCUCACUGGAAAAUCCGAAUCACAUAUAA